GGACGACGGCUGUGUGAGCCGAGCGCGUGCUUGCUGCGCACGAUGAAACUGCUGAAUCAGAAGCAGCUGUUCGAGGCGGUGACCGAGACUUACCCAGAUGUGUUGACCAAGAGCAUAUACCGGCCGUUGCAGGUGCCCAAGCCGUUGUUCAAGAUGUCUUUGCAGGAGAAGCGGGAGAUCUUCUUGGAGGCUAUCCACGGCAUGCUCAAGGACGUCGGCAACGGGAGGCCCCCUGCGGAGGUGGCCUACGACACGGACGCGUCGAGGCUAAUUUCCUUCGGGCUGCAGCCGAUGUGGGAGGUGCGCGAGGACAAGGAGCAGUCGAGGCUCGUGGGCCUCGAGAGCCUCCUGGCACUGCACACCGGCAGCUGGGGCGUCGGGCUCGUGCUCGACGCGCUCGAGAACCUGCUCGACUCAGACCUCGGCGUGUACCUGAAGUUCAAGACGCUGGAGGUCAUGGCGGCCCUAGACGCUCUGGAGAUGCACGGCCCUGCCGCCGAUCAGCGUGAACCUGCGGCCGUCUGA